AAGACGGUUUGCCAGGUCCAGGAGACAGCUGGUGCCGUGAGAGUGUCUCUUUUCGCCAUGAAGUUGGUUUUUCUGCUCUGUUUGAUUCUCCCUGCCGCAACGUUGGAUUCUCAUCUUUCACAUACCAGGGAUUGGCAUGAAGUCACAGUGGGGAGAGUAGGUGAGCGAACGAUCCUGGGUUGCCGUAGAGCAAAAGAGAAGGGUGGCUUCGCCGUGAACUGGAUGUUCAGAUCCACAAAUGACAAACAAUGGAAACUGGUUCUCUCGGCCACUGAGUUAAAGGAGUUUUCAGGUGUGGCUUCAAAAAAUUCCAUGGCAAUGAACGAUCCUGAUUUUCAGGAGAGCAAGGAUUUUUCUCUGAGUUUCAUCCCAGUGGAAGGUGAUGAGGGCCUCUACUCCUGUUUGGUGAAGCGGCAGCAGAGGAAAGUGAAGGAGAGAGUGAUCCUCCUGCAGCUUCUUACAGUCACGGUCAUCCCGUCCAUGCCUAUUCCUCAGACCAGCACCCUUCAACUGAUGGCAGAAUUCGAACCCAACUUCGCUCUCAGCCAGGUCACUUGGAUUUCCCCCGGCGGUCUGACCCUGAAAAGUGAGAUGGAGUCAGGAAGAACUAUAGCCAAACUCCCGUGGGUGGACAUCACGGACGAAGGCGUCUACAUCUGUAACGUAAUAUCAAGAGCUUACUCCAUCGACUCUCUCUUCAAAAUUGCUGUGGAUAUCGCCGAAGACAAAGUGGCCUCGUUCAGCCAUGUCGAAAAUGGACUGCAGUUCUCCCAGGCUGCUCUCUAUCAGACCCCCUUCAUCAUCAUAUGUCCAGCAUUAAAAGGAGACUACGUCUAUCUGUACUGGCAACCACCGGACACUGCUGGGAGGAACACCAUGACAAGAUUGUUCAGUUACAACCGCUGGAGGAAAGCCAAUGUCUCCAACAUGGAAAGGGUUCAGCUUGCUGGCCCACCUUACAACGCAGAGGCCGGUAGCUUCUCCUUUCUUCUCAACCCCGAUCUGGCCACUGGGGGACUCUACAUGUGCGAGGUGUUCCUGGAUGACAAGGCUUACAGGUGGACAACCACACUCAGCGUGUUGAAAGUUGUAGUCAAACCAGCGGCUUCCAGGCUGAACCUUUACUGCCUCUACUCUCAGCGCUCUCAGGUCUACGACGUCCGCUGGGAGCAUCAAAACACGAGCUACAAGCUGGAAAUGUUUGCCGUUCCUGGAAAAGUCCAGAUCUCCGUGCCAUUACCCAUCAACCCACUAACAGCUGGAAACUACACCUGCACCUUGGUGCUGAAGAACAGACAGACUGUGUCCGCAACACACACGGUCGCACUGCCCCCUAAAGAGGGUGCCAGCAUCACCACACCCACCCUGCCCCCUUUCCUCUAUGCUUUAUUACUCCUGCCCUUGGUUGCUGCGGCUGUCGGUGUGUUGCUGUGGAGACAGAAACAUGUCUCUAAUCGCGGUAUUCAGCGAUCCCUGUCGGUGCACUCGGGUGAAACCGAGAAUGUUUAUGAGAAUCCUGAGGAUAUCAGACAGGCUGCACCUCCAAAUUCAGUCUACAUGGAUUUGAAACCACGUGCAGAAGACGUCUACAAGGAAUUGGAGCGAUAAUUCAAAUCACCUGCCUCAUAUGAGAAAAUCAACGAGCACAUGUCGGAACUAGAAAAAACACAGAGAGAGCGCAGAUCUCCGCUGAGGAAGGAGCCGUCCAUCUUUGUUGUUUCAACUGCACAGCAAAGCCUCUGAAAUGCACUUCUUCACAUCCCCUUAUGAUGGAUGCAGUUCCUUCCCUUCCUGGAUACGGAACACCUGGAAAAUCGACCAAAUAUUCUUUGUCCUCUGAACAUCAUUUCCAGAACGUUUCACUGAAAAUCCAUGAUUUCAUGAACAAAAAGAUCGGACACAAACAAUCGCAUCACCUGCUUGGUGGCGGUGAUGGCCAUCUUUGAUAUGAAGCAAUCUGUCAAACUCACUGGGAUUGUUUUGGUCUGAGACCUAGUUUCCUGAUGACAAAAACACCACCCACACUGUAGUCCCAAAAGGCACUGCAACCUCUCUUAAAGCUAUAUAAAGCUCAAAUCGUCUAUACAUAGCUGUGGGGGAGGACGUGUGAAGUGGUACUGCUUUUGGUGUAGUUGUUUAAUCAUACACUGAACAAUCUAUAAAUCUACUGCAUGUUGCCAGGUGCCUUCUGCUGAGCCACUGUAGAAUGAGGAAAAUGGUUACUGUAACAAAUACCUCGGAGGCAGAGCAGAAUGAGCUCUCAAGCAUCUCAACAUUGUCUCGAGUGCGCACCCCUCUCUGUAUUCAUGAAGAGGUGGCACAUUUAUUGCAUUCAUAAUAAUGUUUGAUUAUUGCGAGCGUUCAUAAACUAAAUUAAAUCGCACAAUAUUCUCAGAGACACCACAAUGCUGCCUGAUGAGUGUGUGAACUCUCACGCUGCUCUGUGGUGGCAUCUCUGUGACACAGUGGUGCUCUAUCACACCACGUGCUGACAUCAGCGCUCCCCAGCCUGUGUGUUGUUCUUGCGUGGGCUUGUGUGCUUAAGGACGGGAAGAAGCGAGUGACAGAUGGAGGAUUUUUGCCACAACUUUGUGUUUGUGCUCACAUUUCAGAUACUAGUCGUGUCAGAACUGAUCACCCCCUCACAUCGCGUCUUCAUCCAGCUGUCACGUCUGCUCAGAUCCCAGCAGCACAAAGCAAACGUACAUGUGGUAGUCUCUGUGGAAAACUCACGCAAUAUGUAUUUUGUGUUUUUCCUCACCUUUAUACAGUAGGUACCAGUCAUUUCUUAAGUGAUCUCUUAAGUAUAUGAAGAGGAAAAAUUAGCCAUUUUCAGUGAAGAUAAUUCUGGGAUGAAGGGAGCGAUGUAGUUGUGUGUUUAUUGUAUUUUAAGUCAUUAAAUUUAUAUCAUAAUGUUCAUGU